AGGGCAGGAGCCGGGCGAGGGGCGAGGGGCGAACGGACGUUGCGGCCGCGACAGAGUUUCUCACGGGGCGUCCUUGGAUUCCCUGUCUCCACCGAGCAUUCGGCAGCAGCGUCUGACCCGCCGCCCGCGAUGUCGCCGCUCUGCGACUUCGGAGACUCCGUUACCCUCCCCUUGGCUUCCUUCCCCGUCCUUCCUGCCCGUCAGUCCCUGUGGUACCUCUUUUGGAAGUUGGGUGAAGUUUUCUAAAAUUUCAGUCCGACAUUCAAAGGCAGAGGAUUUCAGUUUUUCUGACUAUUAAAUGAGAGGAUGAUUGCUCACAAACAGAAAAAGACAAAGAAAAAACGUAUUGGGACAUCAGGCCAGCUCCCUACUGAUGUUACAACUUCUGAUAUGGGGCUCAGGCCUGUGAGUUCCAGUUCCAUUUCUGACCCAGAUUGCUUCAAGGAAUUGUUGAAUGAUACCAGGAAGUUCUCCCAAAUGUUACUCUAUUUGAAAGAAGCUAUUCUUUCAGAUUGUUUUAAAGAAGUCAUUCAUAUACGUCUAGAGGAACUUCUGUGUAUUUUAAAGUCUGUAAUGAAUAAACAUCAGAACAUCAAUUUUGUUGGUCUACAGAAUGCUGCAGAAGUACUUAUUGCAAAAGUGAAAGCUGUGAACUUAACAGAAGUUAAUGAAGAAAAUAAAAACGAUCUAUUCCGAGAAGUGUCUUCUUCCAUUGAAACUUUGGCACUUACCUUUGGAAAUACCCUUACAAACUUUCUUAUGGGUGAUAUCAUCAAUAAUUCAUCAUUACGACUGCCUGUAUCUCAGGAUAAGACUUGUGAAAACAUUUCUGUGGAUUCAGGGGACUCAUCCAAUGAAAAAGGAAAUUUUUCUCCUAUCGAACUAGACAAUGUGUUUUUAAAGAACACUGACUCUGUUGAACUGGCUUUGUCAUAUGCUAAAACAUGGUCAAAAUAUACCAAAAACAUAGUGUCAUGGGUUGAAAGAAAGCUUAACUUGGAAUUGGAGUCCACUAGAAAUAUUCUGAAGUUGGCAGAGACAACUAGAGCUAACAUUGGACAAGCGUUUAUGCCACUGCAGUCUGUAUUUAGCAGUGCUCUUCUUGAUGAUAUAGAGAGCAGUCACCUUUUACAACAAACAAUUGCAACUCUACAAGCCAACAAAUUUGUGCAGCCUCUACUUGGGAGAAAAAAUGAAAUGGAAAAACAAAGGAAAGAAAUAAAAGAACUUUGGAAACAGGAAAAAAGUAAAAUGCUUGAAACAGAAACUGCUCUUAAAAAGGCAAAAUUGUUGUGCAUGCAACGUCAAGAUGAAUAUGAAAAAGCAAAAUCUUCCAUGUUUCGUGCAGAAGAGGAGCAUAUGUGUUCCAGUAGUGGAUCAGUAAAAAAUCUCAACAAGCAACUAGAAAAAAAACGAAGAUUAGAAGAGGAGGCUCUUCAAAAAGUGGAAGAAGCAAAUGAACUCUACAAAGUUUGUGUAACAAAUGUUGAUGAAAGGCGAAAUGAUCUAGAAAAUACCAAAAGAGAAAUUUUAACACAACUCCGUACACUUGUUUUCCAGUGUGAUCUUACUCUUAAAGCUGUAACAGUUAACCUCUUCCAGAUGCAGCAUGUGCAGGUUGCCUCCCUUGCAAACAGUUUACAGUCUCUAUACGAUAUUGCCAAACUCUAUGAUCCAGGACAGGGAUACAAUGAAUUUGUCAAAGCUACAAAUUCAGCUGAAGAAGAAAAAGUUGAUGGGAAUGUAAAUAAACAAUUAACAUCUGCAUACAGACCUGCUGACUCUUUGGAAGAUGCUGUACGCCUUUCUGAUAGUUGCGGUAAAAUUGAAGAGGACAUAUGCUCUAACAGUGCAGACACACCAGGUCCUUCUUUCGUAAGAUCAUGGACAUUUGGGAUGUUCAGUGAUUCUGAGAGUACUGGAGGAAGCAGCGAAUCUAGAUCUCUGGAUUCAGAAUCUAUAAGUCCAGGAGACUUUCAUCGAAAACUUCCACGAACUCCAUCCAGUGGAACCAUGUCUUCUGCGGAUGAUCUAGAUGAAAGAGAGCCACCUUCCCCUUCAGAAGCUGGACCUAAUUCUCUUGGAAUGUUUAAGAAAACAUUGAUGUCAAAGGCAGCUGUUACUCACAAGUUUCGCAAAUUAAGAUCCCCCACAAAAUGCAGGGAUUGUGAAGGCAUUGUAGUAUUCCAAGGUGUUGAAUGUGAAGAGUGCUUCCUUGUUUGUCAUAGAAAGUGUUUGGAAAAUUUAAUGAUCAUUUGUGGUCAUCAGAAACUUCCAGGGAAAAUGCACAUAUUUGGAGCAGAAUUCAUACAAGUUGCAAGAAAGGAAACAGAUGGCAUUCCUUUUAUACUCAAAAUGUGUGUCUCAGAGGUUGAAAAUAAAGCCUUAUCUUUACAGGGAAUUUAUCGUGUUUGUGGAAGCAAAUUAAAAAUUGAAAAACUGUGUCAAGCUUUGGAAAAUGGAAUGCACUUGGUAGACAUGUCAGAAUUUAGUACACAUGACAUCUGUGACGUCUUAAAGCUAUACCUUCGACAGCUCCCAGAACCAUUUAUUUUAUUCCGAUUGUAUAAGGAAUUUAUAGACCUUACAAAAGAGAUACAACAUGUAAAUGAAGAACAAGAGAUAAAAAAAGACAGUACUGAGGACAAAAAAUAUCCAAAUAUGUGUAUAGAAAUAAACCGAAUUCUUCUAAAAAGCAAGGACCUCCUAAGACAAUUGCCAGCAUCAAAUUUUAACAGUCUUCAAUACCUCAUAGUACACCUUAAACGGGUAGUAGAUCAUGCAGAAGAAAACAAGAUGAAUGCCAAAAACUUGGGAGUGAUAUUUGGACCAAAUCUAAUUAGACCAAGGUCCACAACUGCUCCUGUAACUAUCUCCUCCCUUGCUGAAUAUUCAAAUCAGGCGCACUUGGUAGAGUUCUUAAUUACUUACUCACAGAAGAUUUUUGAUGGCUCUCUGCAGCCACAAGAUGUUACAUGCAGUACAGGUGGUGGUGCACCUCUGGUUGAUCAAGGCUCUCUUCUGAAACCUCUGUUAGCACCAGAAGAAAAAGAUUCAGAACAUUGCAUGAAGUCACUAUUUUUUUCUUCAAAGGAAGAUAUCCAUAAUGAAAGCAACAUUUUGCAACCAACUCGAUCAUCUGAAGAAUCAGAACACAAGCAAAAUGCAUUGGGAAAAUGUGAUGCAUGUCUCCUUGACAACAAAGUACGUUUGCUUCUAGACCCAGAGCUUGAAUCAGCAUCCCAAAAGAUAGAGGAUGUUUGUAAAACUUCUAAACCACUUACUGUGAAAUCUGAUAGGGUAACGAACAAUAUGUGGAGGUAUAUUCCAAGGACCAAGGCAAGACCUGUAAGUUUGCCUCUAGAUAGACUACUUGCAAGCCCUCCUAGUGAGAGAAAUGGCAAAAAUAUGGGAAAUGUAAAUUCAGACCAAUUUUGCAAGACUCCUACCUUUGAAGAACUUAACAGAAGAGAUAUUUCCCCUACUGUUUGUUCCAAAUUUAAUGGCGUUGACCAGCAAACUCUACAAAAAACUUGGGCCAAACAAUGUGAACAAAACUUAACUGCCAAGACAACAGUAAUAAUGCCCAAUACUCUCCAGGAAAAAGGAGUGCCAGGCAGGAUCAGUGGGGACGAUUCUAGUAAUGCUGCCCAGCUCAGUAAGCCUUAUACAGAGCCACUCAGAUCAGCAAGAGAAACAUCAGAGAGACGGUCCUCAGAUUCCUACGCUCUUGCUGCUGUCAGAGGACCCAGAACACUGCAGCCCCAGCACUGGACGACGUUUUACAAGCCACACACUCCCAUCAGCAGUGUGAAAGGGAGUGAAGAGAAACUGGUUUAUUCCACAGCAGCAGUACCUCCUAGCUCAGCUCGUACUGCCCAGGGGCAGCUGACAAAAUCACUUCCAGACUCAUAUGACAUAUCAGCUUGUCCUGCACAGCUGAGUAGUCAGCCUAAAGAAAACUCCGAGGAACAUGACUUCCCUGAUGUGACUCCAAUGUGCCAGAGACCAAAGCUAAAACGAAUGCAACAAUUUGAAGACCUUGAAGACGAAAUCCCACAGUUUGUGUAGAGUUAUCAAAAUUCGGGGUUUCUUUUUUUCUUUUAUAUUGUUUUUCUAGUGUUACUUUUCUCUUGUUCCUAAAAUAAAAUACCAGACACCAAAAGUUGGAAGAGACAGGGAGGGAGCAGAAACAACAUGGCACACACAAGCAAGGAUAACAAGAGAGUUAGCAGCAUCUCCCUGUCCAUUUGUAUUAUUCAGAAGACUCAGAGCGGGUAGCUCACAACUAAUAGAUGUAGUUUGGGAAAAAUCUUUUUUUUUAAUAAGACUUCAUCCUUAUUUAUAAAAUAUUUCUUAAUGCAAAUGCCUGAAAGAUCUUUAUUUGAUACGAAUUUUUUCCACAUUAUUUUAUAGUGCAUCUUUGACCAUUUAGGCUUUUUUAGUAUGUAUGUAAGCUUUUAUUUUUCAAUUGGCAAUUCAUAAAAUAUUUCUUAAUGCAAAUGCCUGAAAGAUCUUUAUUUGAUACGAAUUUUUUUCCACAUAAUUUUAUAGUGCAUCUUUGACCAUUUAUGGUUUUUUAGUAUGUAUGUAAGCUUUUAUUUUUCAAUUGGCAAUUCACUUAACAUUUAUUUACAUAAUGGCCAAAAAGUUUGCAAAUCUAUAUUUAAUUACAUUUUAAUUAAUUUCCAGUUUUUAUAUGUAGUAGUCAAAUUAUACAAAGAAAAUGCACUUAAACCUUUAUUUCUAAAUUAUAUAGUUCAGUUAUAUCUUAUUUGGCUUUAGAUGAUUUUAAUACAUUUGAUAGUUACCCUUUAGCUUUGUCUGCAUAAACUUGUUUUUCAACAUUUUG